AUGCCGUUAGGAAUGUUAAAGGGAAUAAGUGGAGGUAGUUCUGGUGGUGAAAAUAAAUCUUCUCAAUCAGUUGAUUCAUCCUCUUCUUCAAAUGUCGUAACCCAAGGUAACCAAUACCAUAAUAACCACCAAGAUAGUGGUAGUAAUUCUACUAGCCAGGAAAAAACCAGUGGAAGUAGUACUUUAGAUACGGAUGAUAUAGAUGAAACCGAUGAAGGUGGCCAAAGUAUCUUGUUAGGUAUUAUUUCCCAAUUAAAGCCUGGUUGUGAUUUAUCAAGGAUCACGUUGCCAACCUUUAUUUUGGAAAAAAAAUCUAUGUUAGAGAGAAUCACUAACCAAUUACAACAACCUGAUAUAUUGCUAGAUGCCCAUGCCGAGAAGGACCCAUUGGAACGUUUUGUUAAGGUUGUCAAGUGGUAUUUGUCUGGUUGGCAUAUUGCUCCUAGAGCUGUUAAAAAACCGUUGAACCCUGUUUUAGGUGAAUAUUUCACUUGUUAUUGGGAUUUGCCAAACAAAGAGCAGGCUUUUUACAUUUCAGAACAGACCAGCCACCAUCCACCAAAGUCGGCUUAUUUCUAUAUGAUUCCUGAAUCCCAGAUUAGAGUUGAUGGUGUCGUUUUUCCUAGAUCUAGAUUUUUGGGAAAUUCUUCUGCUGCUAUGAUGGAAGGGCUAGCUGUUUUGUCGUUUUUGGACAUGAAAGAUCCUAGAAAUAGCGGACCGGAAAAAUAUACUUUUACUCAACCUAAUGUUUACGUGAGAGGCGUUUUGUUUGGUAAAAUGCGUAUUGAGUUAGGGGACCAUAUGAUCAUCAAGGGGCCUACCUAUCAUGUUGAUAUUGAGUUCAAGACCAAAGGAUUUAUAUCAGGUACCUACGAUGCUAUUGAGGGCGUUAUUAAAGAUUAUAAAGGGAAUGAUUAUUACGAAAUCAGCGGUAAGUGGAAUGAUAUUAUGUAUAUCAAGAGUUUGAGAGGGAAAGGUCAUAAAAAACAGGUUUUGUUGGAUGUCAACAAGACACAUCCAUUAAAACCAAAAGUUAGAAGUUUGGAUGAACAAGGUGAAUAUGAAUCUAGGAAAUUAUGGAAAAAGGUUACAGACGCCUUGGCUGUUCGUGAUCAUGAAGUGGCUACCGAGGAGAAAUACAAGAUUGAGGAAAACCAAAGAGAAUUGGCUAAGAAGAGAAUUGAAGAUGGUGUAACUUUUCAUCCAAAAUUAUUUAGAGAGUCUACCAACCCUGAAGAUGAGUUAGAUUACUAUUUGUAUAGAUGUAUUCCAAGCACAGCCUCUGAUGAAGAAAAGAUUAAGGAUAUUUUAGAAACUGCGCCAAUCCUGCCAGGUCAACACUUUACUGAAAAGUUUAUGAUUCCUGCAUAUAAAAAGCAUCAACUUCAAGAAAAACUGCUCAAAGAAUCUGAAAAAAAAUAG